UCGAAUGGACGGAUUUCUUCGGACUCUGAGAGGAAAAGGCUAUUCAAGGGACCAGAAAAAGGAACAUGAAAGAUUUGGACAUGGAGAUGAAGACGGACUCAUGAAACGGAGGACUGGAGAACACGGACACAUCGAGCAGAACAGAGUUCACCGUAAACUGAUCUGUAGCCUGCUAUUUUUAUUUGUAUUCUGAUCGUCAUGGAUUUAAUAGAAAUUAGUCUUAUUGUAGGCUAUCACUUUUAAACCAUUCAAAUUCACACGCGAACUGUGAUUCUCGACGAAAUGGAGUUGGGUUGCCUUUCUAAAGUGUAUAUAAAGUCACCAGAAUCGAGAUCUAAUGCGAUAUGACGGUCUGAUCGACUGAAGGACUCUUCUGGAAGACCUGCUGCGCGUGAAGAGUUUCGUCGGGUUUAGAGAUUUACAGUCGCUCCGUCGUUUCAUGUAUUUUAAUUCACAAUAAAGAGCAGGACUAUCGGGGAGGUUAGUAACAUAGUAGGCUAUUCACUGCAAAAUAAACGGAAAAUAACUAGGAAAACAGUUCAUAAGGCGUAGAAGGUGACGGACUGACCAUGAUUAUAGUGUCCGGUUCUGUCCGAGACUAACGACUGCAGCGUCCGUCUUCUGCAUGAGUCCGACAUGAAGGAAAAGUCCAAGAAUGCUGCGAAGACACGAAGAGAAAAAGAAAAUGGAGAAUUUUAUGAACUGGCCAAACUGCUGCCACUGCCCUCGGCCAUCACAUCUCAGCUGGACAAAGCGUCCAUCAUCAGACUGACCACAAGCUACCUGAAGAUGAGAGCCGUGUUUCCAGACGGGCUCGGAGAGGCCUGGGGUCAGUCAUCACGGGUCAGUCCUCUGGACCUCCUGGCCAAAGAUCUGGGAUCUCACCUGCUGCAGACGCUGGACGGGUUUGUGUUUGUCGUCGCGGCUGACGGUAAAAUUAUGUACAUUUCGGAAACAGCUUCUGUACAUCUGGGUUUGUCACAGGUGGAACUGACCGGUAACAGCAUCUUUGAGUACAUUCAUCCAUCAGACCACGACGAGAUGAGCUCCGUGCUGAGCGCACACCAGCCGCUGCAGCCACACUUCCUGCAGGAGCUGGAGCGCUCGUUCUUCCUGCGGAUGAAGUGUGUUCUGGCGAAGCGGAACGCAGGACUCACGAGCGGCGGUUAUAAGGUGAUCCACUGCAGCGGUUACCUGAAGAUCCGUCAGGUGGUGAUGGAUGUGUCUCUGUACGAGUCGUGCUAUCAGAUCGUGGGGCUGGUGGCGGUCGGUCAGUCUCUUCCUCCCAGCGGCGUCACCGAGAUCAAACUCCACAGCAACAUGUUCAUGUUCCGCGCCAGUCUGGACCUCAAACUCAUCUUCCUGGACAGCAGGGUGGCUGAGUUAACGGGUUACGAGCCGCAGGAUCUGAUUGAGAAGACUCUGUACCAUCACGUCCACGUCUGUGACGUCUUCCAGCUGCGAUACGCACAUCAUUCACUGCUGGUGAAGGGGCAGGUCACCACCAAAUAUUACCGGAUGCUUUCCAAACACGGCGGCUGGGUUUGGGUGCAGAGCUGUGCCACCAUCGUUCACAACAGCCGCUCUUCUCGGCCGCACUGCAUCGUCAGCGUCAACUAUGUCCUCACGGAUGUGGAAUAUAAAGAGAUGCAGUUCUCUCAGGACCAGAUCAGAUCCAGACCGUCUCUCUCCUAUAAGUCCUCGAUCCUCGCAGCUCCUCAAGACUCACGAAAACAGCUGAAAGCCAAAGCAGCCAAAAUCAAAAGCAAAGCCAAAGCAUCUCCAUAUCAUCAGACCUCGCUGCAUGCUGAUAAACCAGAGAGUCCCUCGUGGAAGUCAGGUCCCUGCCUGUCGUCCUGUCGGGAGCAGAGCCCCGGGUCUGAGUCCUACACACACACACAGACCACCGCUCACACCCUGUCCUCGCUGCCGUCACGCAGAGAAGCUCCCUGGAGCUGCGCUGGAGCAAAUAAAGCUGCGGCACACCUGCAGACACCUGCAUCCUGCAGCACAUACUCAGGGUUGGUCAGACCCGGCGGGGCGUUUAAAGAAGAGCCCUGUCAGAACCACAGCAGCAGAGGGCGAGAGGACGAGCGGGUCAGACGGCAUCAGGAUCUCCAGAGCUUCGGCCAGCAGCACACACAGAGACUCCGGCUGUGUGCGACUAACACAGUGUACGAGGACAGGAACGCCAGACUCUCGGAGCAGAACCACACGCAGGAGAAGAGGCUGCUGGGGGCACAGAGCCCAUACGUCUCUCUCAACCUCCACCACGUCUGGGCCAAACACGUCCCACCAGGACCCUACGCUCACAGCCACUUAACGGACGGUUACCGGAGUGAGGAGGUGAACCCGUACCUGUACCGGACCCAGAGCCAGAGCCAGAGCCAUCGUGUUCCUCAUUACAUCAGCACGUCUGUCAUCAUCAGCAAUGAGAGGUGACCCGCUCAGAACUACUCGUUCUACGGCUUAUGCAAAACUACAGACCUUCUCUUCUCACACACACACACACACACACACACACAGCAGUGUCCCCCGAAGGAGAGCCAGGAAUAUCUGUUUCUACACGAUGAGCAGCUGAGUCAUUCAGCGUCUCCAACAUGAACCUUGUAUUUGUUGAACAUUAUUGUUCGCUGAACUCAGAUAUGCAAGACAUUACCAUCCACAUGUUUUUGUGCCAACAUUUACAAAUUCUUAAUAUUUAAAUAUCAAAUUUAGCCAUAGCAAAAAAGCGAAUGCUUCAGCAGAGGAUUUCUGUAAAAAUAUCAGCACUUAAAGCUACAGUAAAUGAUUUCUGAGAGACACAAAGCAUUUGGACAGAGCACAAAAACACACUCCUAGCCAAUCAGCAGUAAGAGGCGUGUCCACUCAUACUGGGGGAGGUGCAUGGCAUGCUAAUGACUUUGGGGCGGAGCUAUCAGUUUAGGGUUGUUAGUUUUGGUGAUUAUAAAUAUCAACAAUGUUUCUCAGAAAUCACUGUGUGUGUGUUCGGAGACCCAACAGUGUAUGAUGUCAAAGUACAUUGAAAGCGAUUCCGGUUCAUACACACAUAUCUGAAGCUAUUGCCAUAGCGACAACAGCCUUUCACAUUACUUUUACAGUGUUCCAAGAACGCCAUUGGCUAGGGUCUGUGCUACAGUAUUUGCAUAGGCGAACUGAUUGGCUGAUGAUUUUUUCAGAAUUUUUCAAUGCAACGGAUCCACAGUUCAGUUCAGCAUCACAUCAGCCGCUUCAAGCUGAACACAACCACUUGCUUCACCUUUUAAUGGAAAAGUGUUUAAAUUCUAUGUGACCCAACUGGAUCACCCCCCCCCACCCCCACAGCUGCCAUUGGCCAGUCAGACAGACGGUCCCGCCCCCAGACUCUGUGAUUGGUUGAGUCAGAAAGUCAAUGUUCUGAUCAGUUUCACUACUCAAACUGAACACAUCUCACACUUCAGCUUUAAAUGAGCAACAAUAGAAAGCUGUCUGCAUGAGCUGUCUGACACUGAUGAACCGCUAAAGAUUUCUAUGAACGAUUUUGGAAAAUAACCAUUUAAAGGGUGCUGGUCCAGUUUUCUGUUGUUUAACAACCAAUCCUAACCAGUCCCUCUCGUGUCCAACAUCCUGAUAUUUAGCUGCUAUAAUGGGCAUAAUUACAUUGGUCUAACAUUGUGCAGCUUGAAUAUUUAUGGUGCAAACCAAGAGUCUAACAGAUGCAGCGGGUGUUACUAAAGUGAUUUUGAAUCUCAAUAAACAUGAGAUGUCACACGUGAUUGUGUUGUGUGUGUAUUAUUCUCACUGUUAUUAACACUAUUAUUAGUGCAGGAACUUUGAUCUGAGAAAAGCUCCGAGGCAGGCGACGGUUGGAGAUCUAAUACUGCUCCUGCAGACGGCUCAUACUUUCUUCUGUUUGUUUGUUGAUGAAGUCUGCAGCGUUUUAUGAUUUUGAAGAAGAGCCAGCGAGCUCGGUGUCCGUCUCUGGGGACAGAAGAUUGGAGUCUGGUAUUAGAGAUGAUAGAUUUGGUUUGACCUUCAGGACCCUGCAGCUGAAAUUGUUUAACAGGAUAUUGUGGAUGUGGCGUUUACGGAUCUGAGGUGAGCUAUUUGCGUAAUGAUUUCUAAAGGUUGAGCUCGCGUUUACUCAGCGUCAUCAGUUUAAAUACGCUUUUAUGGUUAACUGCGUCCAGCCGAGGACUGGACCAUCUGAAGAACCAUAGCAUAGAUUUAAUAAGAGCGAUCGCUGCCAGUGUGAUGAAAGUGAGAAUGUGGGAGGCGAUGAAUGGGUUUGUAAUGAGGUGAAAGAUCUCAGACCGUUUAGCGACGCUCGGAGGAAUAUUUUCACCUCAUCAAGACGAGCCUGAAGCACGAGGAGCAGAAGACAGAAGAGCUGCUCCUGAUGGAGGAACAUGACACUGCCAGGACCCCCCCUCCACACACACACACACACACUCACACUCACACACACACACACACACUCACACACAGCCUGAGGGAACAAACACACUGAACGAUCAAUCAGUCACAAUCAUUUUAUUUCAUUUUAUACAACUCGGGAAUGUCUUCUUUAAAAGGGAUCAUCUGUAUCGGUUUACAAACCACAAAUCAUUACAAAAUAUUUAGAUACUGAUUACCUGACGUGAUAU